AUGAAUACGGCCGGAAAGGGUGCAAAGAAGAAGAAGCAAGCGGCAGCAGUGGCGAGGGCUAAAUGGCAAAAGAUGCAGCUACGAGGCGAUCAGAGGCGCCAAGUGAGGAGGUCCGUCAUUCUCACCAACGAUAACGCGCUGGAAGUUCACGGUAUACCGAAAUUGGAACGUAAAGCUAUCGAAAGUCUUGAGAUUGAGGGCAAAAUGGUUCGUUUGAUGGACUCGACAGUGGAUCAACUAAGAGCGGUGGAAGCUUUCAAGCACAAUCAGGGAUGGAAAUAUUUUCGGCAUCCAUCAAUGAUCAUGACCAAAGCGGCAGUCAAGAUGGUGAAUACUCUCAAACGCAUAACCGAUGGGGUUGAGCCUGAGACAGUGCGGACUGUCGUAAUUGGAGAGACGACAUGUGGAAAGAGCACACUUCUCUUGCAAGCAAUUGCCGCCGCCUUUCUCAAGGGGUGGAUAGUUCUGAAUCUCCCUAAUUCUAUAGACAUGGUGAACGCCGGUAUUGAGUACGCGCCCGUACCCAAUACCUCGCCCGUCCAGUACCAACAAAAAACCUACUCCGCCCUCCUCCUCACCCAGCUAGCCACAGCAAAUGGACCGCUCCUCUCGAAGAUGCAGACAACCAUGUCCCAUCCGAACCUCACCUUCCCCUACGCCAACUCGACUCUGAAGCGCCUCUGCGACCUCGGCGCCCAGAACAACGAAAUGGCCUGGCCCAUCUUCCGCGCCGUGUGGGCCGAACUCACAAAGCCGUCGCCGACAACGCCGCCCAUCUUAUACACAUGUGAUAACGUGAAUGAGUUGAUGAAGCCAAGUGCUUAUGUCGAUCCUGAUUUAAAGCCGAUCCACGCUCACGAUCUGCUGCAUGUCGCACACUUCAUGGAGCACCUUUCUGGCGCCCAGACGUUAUCCAAUGGUGGUAUGGUACUAGCCGCGCCGACUGCAUCUGGCACCAGCGAUAUUCCCACGUUCUCCCACUGUCUGAGGGUUAUCGAGGCGCAACAGAACGGACAUACCACAAAAGGGUGGCAUCCCUAUAAAAAGGCGGAUGAGCGUGUGAUUAGAUCCCUCCAGGGCGUUGAGGUGCUGAGGUUGAACGGGUUGGACAAGGAGGAGGCACGCACGAUACUGAACUAUUAUGCGGCGAGUGGGAUGCUGCGGAAUCUAGUUGACGAGAAGUUUGUGGCGGAGAAGUGGACAUUGGCUGGGAAUGGCAAUGUGGGACAGCUGGAAAAGUUGACGGUGAGGACUAGUUCUGCCAAAGCACCGUCAGCAUACACAUAG